GGGGUACAUAGACUGACUAGACCAGGGCUUUUUGUCUUUUUGUCUUUUUUCUUUCUUUUUAUUUUCUUACAGAGCCAAGUGUGUCCUCUUUUUGUGACGCCACGGCUGUAAAGUUGCUUGUAGACGUGAAAGCCCGGCCGCUGCCGCCGCCGCUUUUCUUUGGGACGAAUCGGUACCGUUGUGAAAAACAGCCCAGAAGAAAGAAGGAAAGGGAGAAACAACAUGGGGCUAUAAUAAAAAAAAUAGGUGUUGUAUUAUAAACCGACGAUGAAUCUCUGGGAGGAUCCGUGAAGCUUAUUUAUUUUUAUUUAUUCCUCCUCUUCCCUUUCCCUAGUGUCCCUUUUUGUUGUUUUAUUUGUGAAUUUUUUUUUCACCUCCCUUGCUACUUUGGGAGGUUGUUUUUAUUAAUUUUUGUUAAAGAAAAGAAACAAGGCAACGGGAUACGUAACGACAAGGACUGCAGGAUGGACCAAGCCGGCAUCCUGAGAAAGUUUAUCCAGGGGGUGAAGGCCAUGAGCGAGGGGGACGAGGAGAGGGGAGAGGACAACUUCGGCAGCGACUUUAUGCGGUUACGACGGUUAUCGACUAAAUAUCGGACGGAGAAGAUCUACCCCACCAACGUAGGAGAGAAGGAGGAGAAUGUCAAGAAGAACCGAUAUAAAGAUAUACUGCCAUUUGAUCACACCAGGGUGAAGCUGACGUUAAAAACGACCAAUCAGGACACGGAUUACGUCAAUGCUAACUUCAUCAAGGGUAUGGACGGCCCAGAGGCCUAUAUCGCAACGCAGGGCCCGCUGCCGAACACCGUCAUGGACUUCUGGAGGAUGAACUGGGAGUACAAUGUAGCUGUUAUUGUGAUGGCUUGUCGAGAGUUUGAGAUGGGAAGGAAAAAGUGUGAGCGGUAUUUCCCGCUGCACGGGGAGGAGCCCAUGAGUUUUGGCCCCUUCAGAAUCUCCUGUGAAUCGGAGCAGAGCAGAACGGACUACUUCAUCAGGACUCUGACGGUGGAGAACGAGAACGAAACCCGGAGUUUAACACAGUUCCAUUAUAUGAACUGGCCCGAUCACGACGUGCCCUCGUCGUUUGACUCCAUCCUGGAUAUGAUCGCACUGAUGAGGAAAUACCAAGAGAACGACGAUGUCCCGAUAUGUGUGCACUGCAGUGCCGGCUGUGGGAGGACGGGUGCUAUCUGUGCUAUCGACUACACAUGGAACCUCCUCAAAGCCGGGAAAAUACCAGAAGAUUUUAAUGUUUUCCGGUUGAUCCAAGAGAUGAGGACGCAGCGACACUCUGCCGUGCAGACCAAGGAGCAGUACGAGUUGGUGCAUAGAGCGAUCGCCCAGCUCUUUGAGAAACAACUGCAGCUACUGGAGAGCCCCACCAACACGAAGAUACAAGAGGGCAUGAUUGAAAGCAGCCCAGAUAAAGCCGGCGACCAGUCGGAUGACGAGAGAUGGGACACGCCUCCUCCCAAACCUCCCCGCGUACGCAGUUCGCAGACAGAAGGUGAUGUGAAGGAGGAGAUCCUCCAGCCCCCGGAGCCUCACCCCGUACCCCCCAUCCUGACCCCGUCUCCACCUUCAGCCUUCCCCACCGUCACCAACGUGCGGCAGGACAACGACCGCUACCACCCCAAACCCGUAAUCCACGUGCUGGCGAAUAAAGACGCAAACCAGAAACAGAAGCAGUCAGAACCCGGUCCGAACAAGCAGACCAGUCCCGCAGAUCAGAAAGACCAAGAUCUACUCAGUCACAAACAGCAGACUCAGGUCUCGAAUCUCGAUCUCAACGACAACUAUAACAACAAAUCGACUUCAACGAAAUCCGAAUCGGGCCAAAGCCAGACGCAGACCCCCUCCUCGCCGCUCUCUCCGGCUGUCGAAUGUUCCGGUGCUCCUCGGAUCGAGAGGAAGCUGAGCAUCGAGAUCAAAAAGGUGCCGUUACAGGAAGGGCCUCGCAGUUUUGACACUUCGUCCUCCGUGGCCGUGGCAGGCGGGACCGGCGGCGGCACCGCGGCGCUGCAGAGAGGCCACGCCUUCAAAGCCCGCUCCGGCCAAUCCCUGCUGACGUCUAGCUCCUCGCUGUCGGAGGACUCGGGCACGGAGGGCGGAGCGGGCGGAUGCGUGGAGAGCCACGCGGACGUCGGCGUCCUCGCCAGACCGAACCACCUCCCCGUGAAGAGCGAGGGAGGGGAGGGGAUGGAGGGGAAGGCGGCGUGGGCUCAGGCCCUCAACAGCCCGGAAAAACAUUUCCCCAAAACCUUGUCCUCGUCUUCCUCCUCGGACCGCGUCGCUCCGUCCUCGUCGUCCUCCUCCCACAUCUCCUCCUCCUCCUCCUCCUCCUCCUCUUCCUCCUCCUCAACACCUGUAAGGACUGCCCUGAGUUUCACCAACCCCCUGCACUCCGAUAAUUCGGACCAGGAGGGGGAUGGAGAGAUGUCCGGAGGAAAGGAGGGUUGUCGUACUAAUGUCUCCACGGCAACGGCCGUGGUAACCACAUCUUCCCUCCACGGAGAGCAGCAGCCGGUCCGGAAGGUGUUGCCCAUGUCCAUCGCUGGGCAGAGCUCUGCAAACCCUCUGGAAGUGAAAACGUCGGCCUCGGCUGAAUGGAGCAUUUCGACUAAAGACGAGUGUGUCAAGAAGACAUCUCCAGCUGAUCCUGCAUCUGCUGACCCCACAGUGACGGAUAGCAAGGCUGACCUGGGUGGGGUUCGGUAACCGCUGCAUUCAGCCCAAAGGCCCCCGGAAACCCCCUCUGGAGUGGACAUGAUGGGACGAUCCACCAACGCUGUCCUCCCGUGUCGAGACACGGUCGCUACCGAUCUCCUCUGGCUGGUCCAAAAACCUAGUUGAUAGUUGCUCCACAGACAGACCGCACACUUUUACACAGAAAGGCCUUCUGUGUAACUCUGUGCAACACCUCCUCCCGCUCCUCCUGCUCAGUCCUUCUUCAGAGGGACACUGUGCAAAGCAGACGAACCCGUACCGGUCAAGUGGCUUGUCCACGUUUUACCCGCUCAGCUCGCUGAUGUUCUAGGUUUUCACCUCUAGACGCUGUUUUCCCGUGUUGGUGCUGAAGAGCGUUGUUUUUUCCCUGCUCUCUCGCUUCAGUUGCAUCAUGAUGAUGAAAUGCAGGUGUGACCCGUAGGCGUUAAAUCCUAAAUGUAUUUCAUUCCGUGAGGGGAAACACAUUUUUUCCCAUCAAAAAUCAGGAAUUAUCUUUCAUCGGAAAAGCUACUUACCGGGGGAAGCUGAUUCCUGGGGUUUAAGUGAACUGCUGUAAGACGUCCGCUUCCUUCUUCUGAACGACAAUCUUCAAAGCAAGCCUAGAUAAUCUAUUACCCAUGAUGCAACAUUUUCUGUUUGGUAUGUCCAGGUUGCCAGGGUGCUCCCCCUCUUUCAGUGUGCUGGUGCUACAUAAGAAAGGAUCAGCGUAGAAACGGAAGCACUGCAGCUGAAUGCUAACAACCUGUUACCUGUUUCUCACCUUGGUUGUGGUUUCCUGCAGGAUUUAUUCCUGUAGGAUAUUCUCCUGUAGGAUUUAUUCCUGUAGGAUAUUCUCCUGUAGGAUUUAUUCCUGUAGGAUAUUCUCCUGCAGGAUUUAUUCCUGUAGGAUAUUCUCCUGUAGGAUUUAUUCCUGUAGGAUAUUCUCCUGCAGGAUUUAUUCCUGUAUUAGCUGCAGUACCUUCAGCUCGAGUACUUUAUAUUUCUAUGCUGACCUCACUGUUUACCAGAGUCCUAGAUUGACAUAGUUUGGUCAUUGCAGUCGUCAGCUGGCUUUUUUUAACCCUUGUGUUGCCUUCGGGUCAAUUUGACCCGAUUCAAUGUUUAACCCUCCUGUUACCUUUAUAUUUACUAACAUAUUUUACCCUUGAGGUCAAUAUGACCCCAGCUAUUAAAAUCUCCAGAAAAUUAUUAGAAUUAAUAUUGUUUUCCAAGUUUAAGUGUGAGGUACUUUAUGUUUGUUUGUUGACUACCGAAAGAACACCGACAUUAAACAUUGAAUCGGGUCAAAUUGACCCGAAGGCGACAGGAGGGUUAAAUAUUGAAUCGGGUCAAAAUGACCCGAAGGCAACACAAGGGUUAAUGGAAUUGUUUCACAUCGAUAAAAUAAACACUUUCCUUGUGCGUAUCGAGGUUUUAUCCCACUCAUGUCUGCAUGUGGAGCUGGAGCCACAUGCCGUUUGGACUUGACACGCACACAUUUUUGUUUUUACACUUCAGUUUUUGCACUUAGAAAAUAUAAAACACGUGAAGCAUUAAGUAGCGGAGUGUGGCUUGGCGGACUUCGGGACCUCUGGACUAGCUUUUCCCCUCUCGUUUCCGGUCUUUAUGCUAAGCUAACCGGCUGCUCGCUGUGGCUUCAUGUUUGCCGUACACACGUGAGAGCGGGAUCGAUCGCGUCAGCCCUGCGGGAAAGAGACGGGGCGUAUUUCUCAACAUGUGGAACCGUUGGUUAAAAUGUCUGCUCGUUCUGAAAUCAUCAUGUUGACAUCAAAACUGCAAAUUGAAACCUCGGAGUUCUGUGACGGGUGGGGAUGCUUCACUAUGAUUUGCUAAAAGUUAAACCAAAGAGUGAUGUUCCCUUCUCCAAUUAGCAUGAGGACAAGCAUUGAUUAGUUAGAAAUAACAGCAGCAUGUCGGACACCUGUAUCCUCGAAGAUUUUAAGCCAAAAUGUACAACUGCGUGUCCAAGAAUUCCGUUUUUUCCAGCCAGACACGGUUGAGAAGACCUCAAAACACAGAUCGGCAAUGGCCAAACUCAUCCGGGGACUCUGGCUCUCACUGCUGGCGACAUGAGCCGGCCUUCUUCUGCCUCUCAGAGGAGACGGCCAAUGGCAGUCCUCCUUAAUUUGGCUUCUCUCAUCAGUUCAUUUGAGUGUCUCUUGGUUGCUACAUGGGACUCCUAUUUUCUGUUUAUUUUUUUCCCGUUGUACCUUCUUUGCUUUUUGCUUUUCCCUUCUCAUUCUCCUGUUGGAUGAUCGGCCGCGCGCGUCAAUUAUCUUGUUUAUUUGAGCCGCCGUUUCCUCACCGUAAAUCUCCAGUGUUUCGGAGUUGGAAUGUUACGCAUCACCUGAAACUCUCAUUGGACUCGACAGAUUAAUAUAAAGUCUGGUUUCCCAUGACAACCAAUUCUCUUCAAAUCCGACUUGUCUGGUUUUCCAUCUGAGGGCCAAACGUAGAAGUCCUACUGUAUCUGCUUCUGUAUGUGUGAGACAAUGAUGAUAGGGACCCAGGACUACUGUUUUCUCUUUAUUUUCCUCCGAUAACUUCAUGAGCUACCAUAACUAUACAGUAUAUGCAUUGUUUUAUAAAGAAAAAUGUGUACAGGGCAGUUUCGGUGUAUAUUUCAGAUUUUUUGUUAUCUCUUUAAAUAUUCUUAUUAACAGAAGAUGUAAGAAAGUCAGUGCAUGAUGAUGAUGCCUCCCCUUCGCAGUGUUUCCCUUCAAACUGUAAAUUUUUCUGCUGCCCGUUUUGUUUUUGCUUCUGGCAAAUAUUUCAGGGUUGUUUUUAUUUCUGAUGUUGGAGGUAUAUGCUUAAAAAGAUUUAAAAUUUAGUUUUAAUCGGUUGGCAGAAGGAAAGCAUUGACUGCCAUCCAGCCCCCUUUAUGAUAGCUACACCGGGCUUCGAAUAAGAUUGUAAUAAUAAUAUUAAUGAUGAUGAUAAUAAUAAUAAUGGUCGUUUUUUUGUAAAUGGUAUUUAAAAAAUUAUUUUUGUAUACACAGUUGUUUGUUGCAUCACAAGUCCACUGCCCACCCCGACCCUUAACCCCCCAGUCAGACCCCCACUUCUCUCCUCUCGCAUACUCCUCUUCGUCAUUUUCUUUUGAUUUAUUUUCCUUCCGUCUCGGCCCUUUCAUGUAGAACAUGCAACAGAAAUGGGUCUCCUGUUCUGUACGAGGAGCAUCUCGUUCUUUUCUGCUUUGCUCAUACUCCCCCUUGCUGUUUUCUCUUUUUUUUUUAAAUCACCCCUUCCACCCUCCUCUUUGAUUUUUUAGUUUUAAAAGUCUGUUGUUUUCAACAUGCCUCUCUAAAUAGUCAGUGGGUCAAAUUAACAAAAUACUCUGAAUGAAACUGGAGAAUAGACAUGCUGAGAAAAAACUCGUUGAAACGUUUUCCCCGAAAAUUAUUUUCUUUCUGUUUACCUCCCACUCCUCUCCCUGCUGACCCCUUCACCUGCACACUCUCCUCGAUCUCAGAAAAGAGCCCACCUGUGCCUUUAAGUGAGAGCCCGCCCUCCCCUUGUCCUCUCUCCUCCAAUCAUCAUUAGCGGCGUGAACGAUGUGAUUCGCUGCUGCUUGCUCAACGCCUACUGUGGGACUCUCGGUCCCCCCCUCCACACACACACACACACCUCGUGCCCCUCAUAAACGCGCACACACACACACAAAUGUUUGUAUGUUGCAGAAAUCAAUCAGUAAAAAUGAACAUUAAGUAAAGCCACGCCUCUUCGUUUUUAUUCCAAUGAGAUGAUGUCACUAAAAAGGUACGCGUGCAGGUUGUUUUGACUGUUUGUGUUUGUGUGUACAUGCAGAUAGUUUUAAUUUACAAUAUAGAUCCGGUAAUAAUCGGUUAAUAAAUCACUUUGACUGGUCUCUGAAGCCUU